AUGCGCCGCUUCUCCACGCGCGCGUUGCUUCAAGCAAAGCCACCGCUUCUAUCCGCCGUCAGAUCCCCCCUCCCCCUCUUUCUUUCCGCCCCUCGUUCAGCUCCGGCGAGAUCUACUAUUCACCCUCGUUCUCGUUAUACCCUCUCUCAGACCUCGAAGAGAUAUUGCUCCUACCGCAGAAUGUGUGGUUCUCGACGCGGCGAGGCCUCCGGCUCGACCAAUGUCCAAGGUCGUGAGGUCCUGCCUACCAAUGUCAAGCCGGUCCAUUACGACUUGACACUGGAGCCCAAUUUUGAGAAGUUCACCUACGAUGGAACCGUUGUCAUUGACCUCCAGGUCAACGAAGACACCGACUUCAUCUCCCUCAACUCCAAUGAAAUCGACAUUCACAGCGCAGUUGUUUCGUCCAAGGGUGCAGUGGUGGAAUCCAAGCCCGAGAUCUCGAUCAACAAGGAUAACCAGGUCGCAACCAUUAAGUUCAACCAGGCCAUCUCUGCUGGCUCCGAUGCCCAGCUGAAGCUCACCUUCACCGGUAUUCUGAACGACAAUAUGGCUGGAUUCUAUCGGUCAUCGUACAAGGUCAAUGGCGAGACCAAGUAUAUUGCCUCGACCCAGAUGGAGCCUACGGAUUGCCGUCGCGCGUUCCCUUGCUUUGACGAGCCCGCCCUCAAGGCCAAGUUCACUGUGACCCUGGUUGCCGAUAAGAGCAUGACCUGCCUGAGCAACAUGGACGUUGAAUCGGAGACCGAUGUUCAGGGUGGUGCGAAGAAGGCUGUCAAGUUCAGCACCUCGCCCCAGAUGUCCACCUACCUCGUUGCGUUCAUUGUUGGUCACCUCAACUACAUCGAGACCAAGAACUUCCGUGUGCCUGUUCGUGUGUAUGCUACGCCUGAUCAGGAUAUUGAACACGGCCGCUUCUCCUUAGAGCUUGCUGCCAAGACCCUGGCCUUCUACGAAAAGGCAUUUGACAACGACUUCCCCCUGCCGAAGAUGGACAUGGUGGCAGUGCCUGACUUCAGCGCAGGAGCUAUGGAGAACUGGGGUCUGAUCACCUACCGCAUUGUCGAUGUUCUGCUAGAUGAGAAGAAUAGCGGUGCUUCGCGCAAGGAGCGCAUCGCAGAGACUGUGCAGCACGAGUUGGCCCACCAGUGGUUCGGCAACCUAGUCACUAUGGACUUCUGGGAUGGCCUUUGGCUCAACGAGGGUUUCGCGACCUGGAUGUCGUGGUAUUCUUGCAACGUCUUCUACCCCGAGUGGAAGGUCUGGCAGACCUAUGUUAUCGAUAGCUUGCAGAGUGCCCUUUCGCUCGACUCGCUCCGCAGCAGUCACCCUAUCGAAGUUCCUGUUAAGCGUGCCGAUGAGAUUAACCAGAUCUUUGAUGCUAUCUCUUACUCCAAGGGCUCUUCCGUCCUCCGCAUGAUCUCCAAGUAUCUGGGUGAGGAUGUCUUCCUCCAGGGUGUUCGCAACUACAUUAAGAAGCACGCCUACGGCAACACCGAGACUGGCGACCUGUGGGCCGCGCUGGCUGAUGCUAGUGGCAAGCCCGUCCAGUCGGUCAUGGAUGUUUGGACCAAGAACGUCGGUUUCCCUGUCAUCAGUGUGACCGAAAACCCGGCUUCCUCUUCCAUCAACGUAAAGCAGAACCGUUUCCUGCGUACCGGUGACGUGAAGCCUGAGGAGGACAAGGUUCUCUACCCCUGCAUGCUGGGCCUACGUACCAAGGAUGGAGUUGAUGAGGACACCAUGCUCUCGGAGCGUGAGAAGGAGUUCAAGGUCCCUGACCUGGACUUCUACAAGCUCAAUGCUGAUCACUCUGCCAUCUACCGUACCUCCUACUCCCCUGAGCGCCUUAGCAAGCUCGGCAAGGCUGCUCGUGAUGGUCUCCUGUCUGUCGAAGACCGUGCUGGUAUGAUUGCCGACUCCGGUGCCCUUGCAGCCUCCGGCUACCAGAAAACUUCUGGUCUGCUGUCCCUGCUCCAGGGCCUGGACACCGAGUCCGAGUUCGUGGUGUGGAAUGAGAUCCUCACCCGUAUCGGCACCCUCCGAGCCGCCUGGAUCUUCGAGAACGACCAGAGCAAGGCUGCUCUCAAGGCCUUCCAGCGCUCGCUGGUGAGCUCCAAGGCUCACGAGCUUGGUUGGGACUUCUCCGAGAAGGAUGAUCACAUCCUGCAGCAGUUCAAGGCCCUCAUGUUCGGCUCCGCCGGCAUGGCCGAGGACCCCGUCGUCAUCAAGGCUGCCCAGGACAUGUUCGCCCGCUUCGCCGCUGGCGACGUCUCUGCUAUCCACCCCAACAUCCGCGGCAGCGUCUUCACCAUCGUGCUGAAGCACGGCGGCGCCAAGGAGUACGACGUUGUGCUCGACCGCUUCCGCAACGCACCAACAUCCGACGAGAAGACCACUGCUCUGCGCUGUCUCGGUACCGCUGAGGACCCGAAGCUCAUCCAACGUACUCUUGACCUGGCCGUGGGUGACGAGGUCAAGAACCAGGACAUCUACCAGCCCCUCGGCGGUCUUCGCAACCACACAGCAGGUAUCGAGACCCGCUGGACCUGGCUUAAGGAGAACUGGGAUGAGAUCUACAAGCGUCUUCCUCCCUCUCUCGGCAUGCUGGGUACCGUUGUGCAGCUGACUACCGCCAGCUUCUGCACUGAGGCCCAGCUCAAGGAUGUCAAGAACUUCUUCGACUCUAAGGAUACAAAGGGAUACGACCGCGCCGUCGAGCAGAGCCUCGACGCCAUCCGCGCCAAGGUCAACUGGCUCCAGCGUGACCGCGAGGAUGUCGAGACCUGGCUGAGCAAGAACCAGUAUCUCCAGAGCAAGCUGUAAAAAGCUUGUUUACGGCGCGACUGGGAGUUGAUGUUGAUGGAAGGCGGUAUUGUUUCGG